ACGGUCACACUUAACUCAGUGAUUAGCGUGGAAUUCGAUUCGGGCGGGAAAAAGUAAAAACAAUAAAGAUGCCACCCGAAACAGGUGAAACCUCGAAAGUGGCCGAGCGGCGGUACUGCGGCCUGGGCAACCAUUUGCUCAAGACGCCCAACACCACAAUUAAGGAUUCAAAUAUGCGCCACUUUGCACUCAACAUCAAUCCGGAACUGCGACGGGAUACUCUGCUCUGCAUGGAUUGCUACAAGACACUGGGAAAGAUCUACAAGUUUAAGUUGAAACAUGCAAUCCUGCAUCGCCAAAAGCAGCAGGCCGAGAGCAUCUCGGACGUGAGCUCCAGUCAGCGGCAGGAGCUUACUUCCUCGUCGGAGGUCACCUCGAUGACGUCCAGCACAAUCAUAAAUAGACUUGCGACGGCCACAGUGACGGCGGCUAAGCCACCAACACCCGUACCCGUCCGCACACCCACACCCUCGAGCGCCAGCGAGGAUAAUAUGCCCACAACUAGCGCGGCGGCGUCGGGAAAACGCAAGCGCUCGCAUCCGCAGCCAGAGGCACAGCCCGUCACACAGGCAUCAUACAGAUACUCUGUGAGCGAUGACGACGAUGCCAAUUCGGAUCUGAGCCUGAAUGCGGUGAAUGGGACGCGGCUGCCACACAUCCAGCCGAUACCAAAACGACGCCAGGUGGUGCACCUAAACAAGACGGCCAUGGAUAUCUAUCUAGCAGGGACCACGGGCGGAUGAUACUCUAGGCUUGUAAUUUUUUGUUUAUUUACAAAAUUGUGGCAUAAUACUGCACCACAAUGUGAAGACAUUUUUUUUGUUGAGCCAAAUUAAGAAGAGGCUCGAAGCUAGUGACUUCUGUGAAGGUUGUGUAACUUUAUUAUUUUCUUAUGUUUUUGUAUCUGUACUGAAAAUGUAAAGCACGCUCGUAGCUGUAAUUCCAACAUUGUAUUCGAUUAACUAAAUCAAAUUUGAAAACGCUGUUCGUAUUUUAUUUAUGCAAUUACCCCAAAUAAUAAAUAAAAAUGUAUUGCAAGCUGCAACUUA